UUUGUUCCAGGAAAUGUUAUUGGUGCUAUUCCUACACAUGAUCAUAGUGGAAGCAUUGUUGCAGUUCAGGUUAAAAUAGCUAAAGAGAAAAUAAAAAAAAAAGCUAUAAAGAGUAAUGAUAAACCAGUUGAUGUGGUUGCGAGUUCACUGCGUGGUGUAUUAUCUCCAGUAGCUGCCAAUCUACCUAAGAUAUUGCCAUUGACACGUGCUGUACGGCGUGCCCGUAAUAAUAAUCCAAACGGUGAAAAAAUUGUUAAUCCAUCAACUCGUGCUGAGCUUGUCUGCAAGGACGAAUGGAAGUAUACCCACAAUGGCGAUCUGUUUUUGAUCCAUGAUAGUGGAGGUGAUAAGAAGCGGUUCAUUGUUUUUACUACACAGAAGAGUUUAAAUUUUCUAACAACAUGUGAACAGUGGUUGGGUGACGGAACUUUCCGUACAGCGCCGGCGAUAUUUACUCAGAUAUAUGUUAUACAUGGUCUCAAAAAUGGUAAAACUUUGCCAUUAGUCUAUCUACUUGCGCCUAAUAAAACCAAAGUAACUUAUGUUAAUUUUUUGAAAGUAUUGCGUGAUCGCAUUCCUAAUUACCGGCCUCAGCGCUUAAUGGUUGAUUUUGAAAAAGCGUUUCUUGAAGCUUUUAAAGAGGUGUAUUCUGGUGUUCAAGUAAACGGUUGUAAUUUUCAUUUCACUAAAUGUGUAUGGAAACAUGUACAAAAGUAUGGUCACCAAAAAAAGUAUAAUGAAGAUAUAAAAUUUUCGAUGAAUAUACGUCUGCUAAUGGCAUUAGCUUUUGUGCCGUCUGAAGAUGUCAUCGCUGCUUUUGAAGAAAUUGUGUCUUCAGAAUAUUAUGACCAGAAUAGUGACUGUUUCGAAGAAUUACUUGAAUAUUUUGAAUUGACCUGGAUAGGUAAAGUCAAACAUAAUAAAAAUAAGCGGGACAAACCACUGUUUCCAAUUAAAAUGUGGAAUUGUCAAACAGCAGUGAUCCAUGAUUAUUUACGAUCUAAUAAUCCAUGCGAGGGAUGGAAUUCAGGUUUUAAUAAACGUGCGGGUCAAGCUCAUCCUGUUAUGGAAGAAUUGGUAAAGUCCCUCAAGGAUGAACAAGUUAAAACUGACGUUCUGAUGACUCAGAUUGAAUCUGGUUUGGACGUUAGCAAUACACGCCUAAAAGCUUAUCGCAAUUACACUGAGCGUUUGAAAAAUUUUGUAUUGAAUUAUGAUGUUAACAAGAAGUAUGAGUAUCUGAAUAAUGUAGCUAAAAUAUUAGCUUCAAAAAUGUUAUUUUGAUCUGUUGAUAUUCAUUUUUUUGCUAAUAUUUUGAUUAAUGAUCGAUUAAUAUUUAUGACGUUGAGACGUUCAUAAAGUUUUAUUUCUCAAACAAUAAUAGUAAUCCAAUUAUAUUGAUAACAUAUGACGCUAUUUAUUUUUCAUUGAAUUAUAAGUUAAUUGAUAAUAUAUUUAUAAUAUCGGUUAACCUGUUAACAAGUAUUUUUAUGCAAAUAAUGACAUUCAUUUACAAUAUUUAUUGUUUAAUUGUAAACUGUUCUACGUGUUAAAAUAUGAAUAUUAAUGUUUAUAUAUUUUGUUCUGCAAAUAUUAUUAUUGUAAUGACAGCUGGUAAUUAAGCGUUGAUCACAAUAACAAAUCUUGUAC